CAAAAGUCCCCAGACCCAGGCCUAGACCCUUGCAUUCAUACCGCCUCACCGGAAGGACAGCAAGCAAUCCGAACGACGAAAAAGAAAGGAAAGAACCGCAUUCCACCACACGGCAUACCUCCCGAAACAAAACAAACGAAAAAAAAAAAAAAAAAACAGCCCAACAUGUCCGCAGUAGUUAUCCCCGCCGGCGGCACCUUUGUCGACACCCUCAAGAAGUCCUUUGUUGACGUCCCCAUUGACGCCAACAACGACAAUGCCAUCAGCACCACCGAGUUCUUGGAGGCUGCCGAGAGUCUCACGACUAUCUUCGACUUGCUAGGAUCGGUCGCUUUUACCCCCGUCAAGAAUGACAUUCUCGGCAACAUCAAGAAGGUCCGCGAUCGCCAACUGGCCGCACCCGCCGAGUCCGAGACGAUCCAAGCCCUCGUCAUCAACGAGCUCAAGACCAAGAAGCACACCGCCGCCGAGGGCCUGCUGUGGCUGAUCCGUGGCCUCGAGUUCAUGUGCAUCGCCUUGUCGCAGAACAUCGCCAAGACCAGCGAGGAGCUGGCCGACUCGUUCCGCACCGCCUACGGCGUGACCCUCAAGCCCCACCACUCAUUCCUCGUCAAGCCCAUCUUCAGCGCCGCCAUGUCGGCCGUCCCCUACCGCAAGGACUUUUACGCCAAGGUUGGCAGCGACCAGGAGAAGGUCAGCACGGAGCUGACCAAAUACCUCGCCAGUCUCGACAAGAUCAUUGGCAUCACCAAGGGAUUCCAGGAGAGGAAGGAGGCCAAGUGGUAGAUUGAGGGGGUGAUGAAAUUCACGAUACAAUCAGCGGUUCGGAAGAUCAGUGAUCAUGAGAAAUGAUAGAAAUGCAAGAAGGCAAUGUGGACAGAAAACAUAUAUAAAAGAAUGACAGGAAAUUGACGCUGCCGGCAAGCAUUACCGGAUGAAAGAUUAGUGCGAUUCGCAUCAUCUUGUCGAGCCAUUGAGCAAGUGCACAACGGAGAAAUAAAAUUCUUGGACCAAUCCUUCUACUCUACAUCCGGUCCGUUACCC